CUGAUGGUGAACAUGCUGGACGAGAGGGACAAGCUGCUGGACACGCUGCGGGAGACGCGCGAGACGCUGUCGGUGACCCAGAGCCGCCUGCAGGAGACGCUCCGGGAGCGGGACCAGCUCCAGAGGCAGCUCAACUCCGCCCUCCCGCAGGAGUUCGCCACGCUACGCGAGCUCAGCGCCUGCCGGGAGCAGCUCCUGGAGCGCGAGGAGGAGAUCUCGGAGCUGAGCGAGCGCAACAACACCCGGCUCCUGCUGGAGCACCUGGAGUGCCUGGUGUCCCGGCACGAGCGCUCCCUCCGCAUGACCGUGGUCAAGCGCCAGGCCCAGUCCCCGUCCGGCGUCUCCAGCGAGGUCGAGGUGCUCAAGGCUCUCAAGUCGCUCUUCGAGCACCACAAGGCGCUGGAUGAGAAGGUCCGGGAACGCCUGAGAGCAGCCCUGGAGCGAGUGGCCACCCUGGAGGAGCAGCUGGUGGACGCCCAUCGGCAGGUGGCAGCUCUCCAGCAAGGAGCCGUGCGGGAGGCCCCGGCGGGAGAGCGGGAUGAGCCCAAGGAACCAGCCCCGAAGCUUCCCUGGAAGCGACUCUCCAACGGCUCCGUGCACCCGGAGGACGAGGCCGGGCGGGUGGUGGAGCUGCAGGAGCUCCUGGAGAAGCAGAACUUCGAGGUGGUGCAGGCCAAGGAGCGCAUCUCUGCUCUGGCUGCCAGCGUGGCUGAGCUGGAGGAGGACCUGGGCACCGCCAGGAAGGACCUCAUCAAAUCCGAGGAGAUGAGCAGCAAGUACCAGAGGGACCUGCGAGAGGCCCUGGCACAGAAAGAGGACAUGGAGGAGAGGAUCACCACGCUGGAGAAGCGCUACCUGGCAGCCCAGAGAGAGGCCACCUCCAUCCACGACCUCAACGACAAGCUGGAGAACGAGCUGGCCAACAAGGAGUCCCUGCACCGCCAGUGCGAGGAGAAGGCCCGGCACCUGCAGGAGCUGCUGGAGCUGGCGGAGCAGAAGCUGCAGCAGACGAUGCGCAAGGCGGAGACGCUGCCCGAGGUGGAGGCGGAGCUGGCCCAGCGCAUCGCCGCCCUCACCAAGGCAGAAGAGAGGCACGGGAGCAUCGAGGAGCAUCUCCGGCAGCUGGAGACCCAGCUGGAGGAGAAGAACCAGGAGCUGGCCAGGGCCCGGCAGAGGGAGAAGAUGAACGAGGAGCACAACAAGCGGCUCUCGGACACCGUGGACCGGCUGCUGAGCGAGUCCAACGAGCGGCUGCAGCUGCACCUCAAGGAGAGGAUGGCAGCCCUGGAGGAGAAGAACACAUUGUUACAAGAGCUGGAAAACACCCAAAAGCAGAUAGAGGAACACCAGCACGACAAGCGGCGACUGUCCGACGAGAUCGACAAGCUCAGGCUGGAGGUGGAUCAGCUCAAGACCAGGAGUGGGACCUUCGUGGAGAGUGUUCACUCCAGGUCCCACAUGGGCAGUGCCACAGACCUGCGCUUCCCGCUGGUCCACGCGCCCGCCGAGCCCUUCGGAGCGGCCCCGGGGCUGCCCCGGGCACAGAAGGGUCGGUUCGCUGCCAGGAGGGAGGAGCCAGCCAAGGACUGGGAGCAGGCCCAGGCAGGCGCUGUCCUGGCCACAGGGCCCCACAGCUUCGACAGCGACCCCGACAUCUCGGACGUGGACGAGGACGACCGCGAGACUCUCUUCAGCUCCAUGGACGUGCUCUCCCCUGGGGGGCACUCGGAUGCCCAGACCUUGGCCAUGAUGCUCCAGGAGCAGCUGGAUGCCAUCAAUGAGGAGAUCAGGAUGAUCCAGGAGGAGAAGGAAUCCACCGAGCUGCGCGCGGAGGAGCUGGAGACGCGCGUCACGAGCGGCAGCAUGGAGGGCCUCAACCUCACCCAGCUCUGCAAGAGGGCCUCCAUCCCCACCUCCCUGACCGCCCUGUCCCUGGCCAGCUCGUCCCCCCCCCUGAGCGGCCGCUCCACGCCCAAGCUGAGCUCGCGCAGCGCGGCGCAGGACCUGGACCGCAUGGGCAUCAUGACGCUGCCCAGCGACUUGAGGAAGCACCGGAGGAAACUGCUAUCGCCCGCAGCUCGGGACGAGAGCCGGGAGGACAAAACCACCAUCAAGUGCGAGACGUCCCCGCCUUCCUCGCCCAGGGCGUUGAGGCUGGAGAAGCUGGGCCACCCUGCUCUGAGCCAGGAGGAUGGGAAGGGCUCGCUGGAGGAUCAGGCCAGCAACCCCAGCAGCAGCCAGGACUCCCUGCACAAGGGCUCCAAGAGGAAGGGGAUCAAAUCCUCCAUCGGGCGCUUGUUUGGGAAAAAGGAGAAGGGUCGCUUGAUCCAGCUGAGCAGAGAAGGGGCCACAGGGCAGGUGGUGCUGACUGACGCGGAGGGGAGCAUCCAGGACCCCCUGGGCCUGGGCAAGCUGGGAGCUCAGGCCGAGAAGGAUCGGCGCCUGCGGAAGAAGCACGAGCUCCUGGAAGAGGCCCGGAGGAAAGGGUUGCCCUUUGCUCACUGGGAUGGCCCCACUGUCGUGUCCUGGCUGGAGUCCUCUGGAAACGUCUGGGUCACCCACGAGGAGAUGGAGAACAUGGCAACCUCCACCAAGACGGACACAGAGGAGGGCAGCUGGGCACAGACCCUGGCCUACGGGGACAUGAACCACGAGUGGAUUGGGAACGAGUGGCUGCCCAGCCUGGGGCUCCCUCAGUACCGCAGCUACUUCAUGGAGUGUCUGGUGGACGCCCGGAUGCUCGACCACCUCACCAAGAAAGACCUCAGGGUGCACCUGAAGAUGGUGGACAGCUUCCACCGCACCAGCCUCCAGUACGGCAUCAUGUGCCUCAAGAGGCUCAACUACGACCGCAAGGAGCUCGAGAAGAGGAGAGAGGAGACCCAGCACGAAAUCAAAGACGUGCUGGUGUGGACCAACGACCAGGUGAUCCACUGGAUCCAGUCCAUCGGGCUGCGCGAGUACGCCAACAACCUGGUGGAGAGCGGGGUGCACGGGGCCCUGCUGGCCCUGGACGAGAACUUUGACCACAACAGCCUGGCCCUGGUGUUGCAAAUCCCCACCCAGAACACACAGGCUCGGCAGGUGCUGGAGAGGGAGUUCAACAACCUGCUGGCCCUGGGCACGGACCGGAGGCUGGAUGAUGGCGAUGACAAGACGUUCCGCCGGACGCCGUCGUGGCGGAAGCGCUUCCGCCCGCGGGACGUGCACAGCAUCAACCUG